UUGGCUUGUGUUUGCAUGAGCUGGGCAGUCUCCGGAGGGGCCUUCAGUGGGGAAGGGCCUCAUGCUGCAUAUCCAAAGGACCACUCUGGCUGCUUAGGCUGACGGAGGCAGGUACUGGAGGAAGCUGAGACACAUGGACCAGGAGACAGAUGCUGCUGCCUUAGGCUCUGCCCCAGAGGUGACGGUGAUGCAAAAAGCCGGUCCCAGAUGUGACGUGGAGGUGGAGCUAACAGGAGUUGGCAUGUUGUGGUGUGGGGUGAGAGGAAGAGAGUCCUGAGCAUCCAGUUCCAGAGCCUGGGAAGUCCAAGAUCAAGGCGCCCCAGAUUCAGUGUCUGGACCUAUGAGCGACCACGCCCUGAGGGAAAUGUCCCACACUCACCGCAGCCCUCUCCUCCCGGAGCCUCUUUCCAGCAGAUACAAACUCUAUGAGUCAGAGUUUACCAACCCUAGCUGGCCCUCAAGCCCCCAGGACACACACCCGGCCCUGCCCCUCCUGGAGAUGCCUGAAGAAAAGGAUCUCCGGUCAUCCAAUGAAGACAGCCAUAUUGUGAAAAUGGAAAAGCCCAGUGAAAGGAGUAAAAGGAGAGAGAGCGGGGCAGCCCAUCGGGGCUCUGCAGGCAUGGGGGGCAUCAGCCUCUUCCAAGCAGUGGGCUACCUCACAGGGGAGAUGAAGGAGUGUAGGAACUGGCUGAAAGAUAAGCCCCUGGCCAUGCAGUUCACAGACUGGGUCCUGAGGGGAACUGCUCAGGUGAUGUUUGUCAACAACCCUCUCAGUGGACUCAUCAUCUUCAUAGGCCUCCUGAUCCAGAAUCCCUGGUGGACAAUUGCUGGGGGCCUAGGGGCAGUGGUCUCAACCUUAACUGCCCUCGCCCUGAACCAGGACAGGUCCGCCAUCGCCUCUGGCCUCCAUGGGUACAACGGGAUGCUGGUGGGACUGCUGGUGGCUGUGUUCUCUGAGAAAUUGGACUAUUAUUGGUGGCUUCUGAUUCCUGUGACCUUCACAGCUAUGACCUGCCCACUUCUUUCCAGUGCCUUGAAUUCCAUCUUCAGUAGGUGGGACCUCCCAGUCUUCACACUUCCCUUCAACAUAGCCGUGACCCUGUACCUGGCAGCCACAGGCCACUACAACCUCUUCUUCCCCACGACGCUCGUGCAGCCCAUUUCUUCAGUGCCCAACAUCACCUGGUCAGAGAUGGAGAUGUCCUUGCUGCUACAAGCCAUUCCCAUCGGGGUCGGCCAGGUGUACGGCUGUGACAAUCCCUGGACAGGCGGUGUGUUCCUGGUGGCUCUGUUCAUCUCCUCGCCACUCAUCUGCCUGCAUGCAGCCAUUGGCUCAAUCGUGGGGAUGCUAGCAGCCCUGACAGCGGCCACGCCCUUUGAGACGAUCUACAUGGGCCUCUGGAGCUACAACUGUGUCCUCUCCUGCAUCGCAAUCGGGGGCAUGUUCUACGCCCUCACCUGGCAGACCCACCUGCUGGCCCUCGUCUGUGCCCUGUUCUGUGCAUACAUGGGAGCAGCCCUCUCCAACAUAAUGUCAGUGGUUGGUGUGCCACCAGGCACCUGGGCCUUCUGCCUCUCUACCCUCAUCUUCCUGCUGCUGACAACCAACAACCCCGCCAUCUACAAGCUCCCACUCAGCAAAGUCACCUACCCAGAGGCCAACCGCAUCUACUACCUGAAAAUGAAGAGCAGUGAAGAAGAGAAGUCCCCCAGCGGUGGCGGGAAGGAGCAGCCAGCGGCAGCAAGCACGAAGGCCGAUGAGGGCUUGGAGGCCGUGCCCCCCAAGCCCAGGAGCGUGUUCCACAUCGAGUGGUCAUCCAUUCGGAGGAGGAGCAAAGUGUUUGGAAAAAGCGAACACCAGGAGAGACAGACCAAAGACCCUUCUCCCUAUCAGUACCGGAAGCCCACGGUUGAGCUGCUGGAUCUGGACACCAUGGAGGACAGCGCGGAGAUAAAGGUAGAGGCGAGCACAUCCAAGGCCUCCUGGAUUCAGAGCCACGUGGCAGCCAGCGGGAAGAGGGUUGGCAGGGCCCUCAGUUACAUCACAGGGGAGAUGAAGGAGUGUGGCGAGGGGCUGAAAGACAAAUCUCCCGUGUUCCAGUUCCUCGACUGGGUUCUCCGGGGCACGUCGCAGGUGAUGUUUGUGAACAACCCCCUCAGCGGCAUCCUCAUUGUCCUGGGCCUCUUUGUCCAGAACCCCUGGUGGGCCGUGUCGGGAUGCUUGGGCACUGUAGUGUCCACCUUGACAGCCCUCAUCCUGAGCCAGGACAGGUCUGCCAUCGCGGCGGGACUUCACGGCUACAACGGGGUGCUGGUGGGGCUACUGAUGGCCGUGUUCUCAGACAGAGGCAACUAUUACUGGUGGCUCCUGCUCCCUGUCAUCAUUAUGUCCAUGUCUUGCCCCAUCCUCUCCAGUGCCCUGGGCACCAUCUUCAGCAAGUGGGACCUCCCCGUCUUCACACUGCCCUUCAACAUAGCUGUGACCCUGUACCUGGCGGCCACUGGCCACUACAACCUCUUCUUCCCCACGACGCUGCUGCAGCCCGCCUCCUCCGUGCCCAACAUCACCUGGUCAGAGGUCCAAGUGCCCUUGCUUCUGAGAGCCAUCCCUGUUGGAAUCGGCCAGGUGUACGGCUGCGACAACCCCUGGACUGGAGGCAUCUUCCUCAUAGCUCUGUUCAUAUCAUCACCUCUUAUUUGCUUGCACGCUGCGAUUGGCUCCACCAUGGGGAUGUUAGCAGCCCUCACUAUAGCAACACCCUUGGAGUCCAUCUACUUCGGCCUGUGUGGCUUCAACAGCACACUGGCCUGCAUCGCGAUAGGAGGCAUGUUCUACGUCCUCACCUGGCAGACCCACCUCCUGGCCGUUGCCUGCGCGCUGUUCACGGCCUACCUGGGUGCUGCUCUGGCUAAUGUGCUGUCCGUGUUUGGACUACCACCGUGCACCUGGCCCUUCUGCCUCUCAGCACUCACCUUCCUGCUCCUGACGACCAACAACCCCGCCAUCUACAAGCUUCCACUCAGCAAAGUCACCUACCCAGAGGCCAACCGCAUCUACUACCUAUCCCAGGAGAAAAACAGAAGAGCAUCAACCAUAACAAAGUACCAGGCCUAUGAUGUCUCCUAGGCUGCCUUUUCCAAAACACUCAGCCUUCAGCAGGUUGUCCCGGUCCCCAGGCUGAAGGCCAUUCAACUUCCCUUUCUGUCUGUUUUGUGAUUUUCCCUUCAAGCAAGCCUACACCCUAGUUAUUCCCCUGCAUAGGGACAUGCAUGUAUAGUCACCAUUUAGGAACCUCUCAGGUCCAAGAUGCACAACGCUUAGCAAGGAUACAAUAGUUUAGACUCCAUACCCAUAGCUCACUCCAGAAGAGCUCCCUUGGAGGGGAUUUUCCCUCUUCUGCAAAAUAAGCCAUGUCACUAAAGAGAACUCAUCAAGGAGACAGUGAUUGGUGGCAUCCACUUCCAACUCAGUCAUUUCAUGGAGCCAUGCACAGUGCCAGGGAACAUGUAUCAACCUGGAAGGCGAUGGGGUGGUUCUGUCCCAGCUCUGCCUCUAAUGAGCUCCUGCCAUGUUGGGUGAGCACAUCCCUGCUCUCAGCCUCGACUUCUUAUUAGUUUCAUGACAGGGAGGGACUCUACAGUCCCUCCUACCACAGAAGUGUUGAUUCUUCUCUCUCUCCCAUAAACUGACAAAAUGAGCAUGACUAUCAAAUAAUUACAGUAAAUAAUAGAUGGAGGACUUACCUGGAGACAAGGCAGGAAAAUGUUUAUAUUCUGAGAUUUGUU